AACAGUAUUUUCUGUUUUAUCAAGGACAUCCCAUGCAGAAGCUGUCGUUUCUUUGCUGUUGACAUUUGCAGUACCUGUAGCUCGUCGAACUGUGAGAGUUAGUUAGUACAUGUACUAGGAGCAGAGUGAUAUUUGGAUCAUUCGUCUACCCGGGGCUUCGUCUGAACUACUUCACUAUUACUAGGUGUAACCUCAUCGAUACUGUUCUCUCCUGUUACCAGCCAUAAUGUCACGGCCAGAACAUACUGGUCCACCAGAGCUGUUCUACAAUGAAGACGAGGCAACAAAGUACACCUGCAAUUCUCGCAUUAUCGAGAUUCAGGAGAAGAUGACGGAGCGUGCCGUGGAGAUGUUGGCAUUGCCGCCUGAUCAGCCCGCUUUCCUGCUUGACGUGGGCUGCGGCUCUGGUCUCAGCGGCGAGUGGCUAACUGCCGAAGGUCAUCAUUGGAUUGGUGUUGACAUCAGCGAACACAUGCUGAACGUCGCAAAGGAACGGGAGGUCGAAGGGGAGGUGUGCUUAGGUGACGCUGGAGAGGGCAUGUUCUUCAGACCUGGUGUCUUUGAUGGCGUUGUCAGUAUCUCUGCUUUGCAAUGGCUGUGCAAUGCUGACAAGAAGGAUCAUCGUCCUGCUCAGCGCCUGCACCACUUCUUCACAACCUUGUACAGCUGCAUGGCACGUGGAAGCAAGGCGGUGUUUCAGUUCUAUCCGGAGAAUCCAUCACAGAUGGAACUGAUCACGUCACAAGCAAUGCGUGCUGGGUUCACCGGUGGAGUUGUUGUAGACUAUCCGCACAGUACCAAAGCUAAGAAGUACUACCUGUGUUUGUUCUGCGGAACACCAGCACGCAUGCCAUCGGCGCUAGAUGGUGCCAGUGGCCAGGGACAAGAAGGUGGUGUCCAGUAUACAACGGAGCGUGAGCGAAUUCGCAAACGCAAGGGUGAUCGCACGCCGCUAAAGAGUCGCGACUGGAUUGUUCGCAAGAAGGAGAGGUCACGUCGACAAGGAAAAGAGGUGCGGCGAGACACAAAGUACACUGGACGGAAACGUGCACCGAAAUUCUAGUGCACGCGACUGGGUGUUAGUCGCAAGGAGCAUUCCGACUACCGUGUGCUGUCCGACUGACACUGCCGGCCUACGGCGGUCUCUGCCUGGUGUCGGAUACUAGCGAAUCAGCUCGCCGUGGGCAGAUGAGCAUCCAGCCAGGGCUGUAAACAAAUGCCACAGAGUGAGGGAGUCUUUGCGUGCGUUUGGGCGUGAGAAUAUGAAAGAGAGCAUGCGUGGCGGCUCGCUUGCCCCGUUGUGUCAGACUCCGACCAUUCUGCUUGGCUAACAUUUUGGGCUUGCUGAGUAGCACCUCUACUCUGCCUGUGCAUGGCAGAGCGCUAUGAGUUCACCUUGCUGAAGUGUGAGAGAUGUGAAGGUAAUUUCGGACGGGUUCGAUCUGAGUUUUGACCUUCCCAGCAUUGAGUCCUUGAUCAGUUUUAACUUCGCCUGUACGAGUCGUAUCUCCUCCCCAUACUUCCCAGUUGUUUUUCUGUAAGCUAUGUGGGCUCACCUCCUUCUUGGUGGUUUUCCUGGAGAUAGACCAGUAGGAGCCGGCAGCACAUGCUGCUUGGAUACUAUCGAAUAGUGCUGAUACAUGUACUACUAUUUGUGUUGAUGCUUCUUCACCCUUACUUCCAACUUCUGGGGAAUGUAUUUUUCUUUUCUUUUUCUUUUUAACUGUGAUAGGGUACUAGACUACUAUAAUAAUUAUUAUAGUAAUUUACUGCUAGUACUGCAGUAGACUAGUACAUGGUGGACAAUAGGAAAGAGGGUUAGUUAUGGUUGUAGAAUAGCCCCCCCCACGGACACACAUUAUUUUCCAACCCACCAACGUAUAAUAAGAUGGAUGCUGCCACAACGCUGAGUUGGCAACAUUGAAAGGA